AUGAGCACCAUGCGGCUGCUGCUGCUCGCCCUGCUCUUCUCCUCGUCCUUCGCCCGAGCCGGCUGCGACCCCAAGAUCGUCAACAUCGGCGCGGUGCUGAGCACCAAGAAGCACGAGCAGAUCUUCCGAGAGGCGGUGAACCAGGCGAACAAGCGGCACGGCACCUGGAAGCUCCAGCUCAACGCCACCUCGGUCACGCACAAGCCCAACGCCAUCCAGAUGGCCCUCUCCGUCUGCGAGGACCUCAUCUCCAGCCAGGUCUAUGCAAUAUUAGUUAGUCACCCUCCUGCUCCCAACGAUCACCUAACACCAACACCCGUAUCAUACACAGCUGGCUUCUACAGGAUCCCUGUCAUUGGUCUGACAACACGCAUGUCUAUAUAUUCUGAUAAGAGCAUCCACCUGUCCUUUUUGCGCACGGUCCCACCCUACUCUCACCAGGCCAACGUCUGGUUUGAGAUGAUGAGAGUCUUCAACUGGAAUCACGUCAUCCUGAUAGUCAGCGACGACCACGAAGGUCGUGCUGCACAAAAGAAGCUGGAGACGCUCUUGGAGGAGAGAGAGUCCAAGGCUGAGAAAGUGCUUCAGUUUGACCCUGGAACCAAAAAUGUGACGUCGUUGCUGCUGGAGGCUAAGGAGCUGGAGGCUCGGGUCAUCAUCCUUUCUGCCAGUGAGGAUGAUGCGGCCACGGUGUACAGAUCAGCAGCCAUGCUCAAUAUGACAGGCUCCGGCUACGUGUGGCUGGUGGGGGAACGGGAGAUAUCGGGCAAUGCCCUGCGUUACGCCCCUGAUGGAGUGAUCGGUUUGCAACUCAUCAACGGGAAGAACGAGUCAGCCCACAUCAGUGACGCGGUGGCAGUGGUGGCCCAGGCCGUGCACGACUUGUUUGAGAAGGAGAAUAUCACAGACCCGCCUCGGGGCUGCGUGGGCAAUACCAACAUCUGGAAGACAGGACCCCUUUUCAAGAGGGUGUUGAUGUCUUCCAAGUACUCAGAGGGUGUCACGGGCCGGGUGGAGUUCAAUGAGGAUGGGGACAGGAAGUUUGCCAACUACAGCAUCAUGAACCUGCAGAACCGGAAACUGGUCCAAGUUGGGAUUUACAACGGCAGCCACGUCUUGACCAAUGACCGGAAGAUUAUCUGGCCAGGGGGAGAAACUGAGAAACCUCAAGGCUAUCAGAUGUCAACUAAGUUGAAGAUCGUGACCAUCCACCAAGAGCCCUUUGUGUAUGUGAAGCCCACACAAGCAGAUGGGACCUGCAGGGAAGAGUUCACCAUCAAUGGAGAUCCUGUGAAAAAAGUCUUUUGCACUGGACCCAAUGAGACCAUUCCAGGCCGUCCCACCGUGGCACUGUGCUGCUACGGCUUCUGCAUCGACCUGCUCAUCCGGCUGGCAGGGGUGAUGAACUUCACUUAUGAGGUUCACCUGGUGGCUGAUGGUAAAUUUGGUACCCAAGAGCGGGUUAACAACAGCAACAAGAAGGAGUGGAACGGGAUGAUGGGGGAGCUGCUGAGCGGCCAAGCAGACAUGAUUGUGGCUCCCCUCACCAUCAACAAUGAGCGGGCACAGUACAUCGAGUUCUCCAAGCCCUUCAAGUACCAGGGCCUCACCAUCCUUGUGAAGAAGGAAAUUCCCCGCAGCACCUUGGACUCGUUCAUGCAGCCAUUCCAGAGCACGCUUUGGCUGCUGGUGGGGCUGUCUGUGCACGUGGUGGCAGUGAUGUUGUACCUCUUAGACCGAUUCAGCCCCUUUGGCCGGUUCAAAGUGAACAGUGAGGAGGAGGAGGAAGAUGCCCUGACCCUCUCCUCAGCCAUGUGGUUCUCCUGGGGAGUCCUGCUGAACUCUGGCAUUGGAGAAGGUGCUCCCCGGAGUUUCUCUGCCCGUAUUCUUGGCAUGGUGUGGGCUGGCUUUGCUAUGAUCAUUGUGGCCUCAUACACUGCCAACCUGGCAGCCUUCCUGGUGUUAGACCGGCCUGAGGAGAGAAUUACAGGCAUCAACGACCCCCGGCUGCGCAACCCCUCUGACAAGUUCAUCUACGCCACGGUGAAGCAGAGCUCGGUGGACAUCUACUUCCGACGGCAGGUGGAGCUCAGCACCAUGUACCGGCACAUGGAGAAGCACAACUAUGAGAGCGCUGCCGAAGCCAUCCAGGCAGUCAGGGACAACAAGCUCCACGCCUUCAUCUGGGACUCGGCGGUGCUGGAGUUCGAAGCCUCUCAGAAGUGUGACCUGGUGACGACGGGGGAGCUUUUCUUCCGCUCCGGCUUCGGGAUCGGGAUGCGCAAGGACAGCCCGUGGAAGCAGAACGUCUCCCUGGCCAUCCUCAAGUCCCACGAGAACGGCUUCAUGGAGGAUUUGGACAAGACUUGGGUGAGGUAUCAGGAGUGUGAUUCCCGUAGCAAUGCCCCAGCAACACUCACCUUUGAAAAUAUGGCAGGUGUGUUUAUGCUGGUGGCUGGAGGUAUUGUUGCCGGGAUAUUUUUAAUAUUCAUAGAAAUAGCUUACAAAAGGCAUAAGGACGCGCGGAGGAAGCAGAUGCAGCUGGCGUUUGCGGCCGUUAAUGUGUGGAGGAAAAACCUGCAGGAUAGAAAAAGUGGUAGAGCAGAACCUGACCCUAAAAAGAAAGCCACUUUUAGGUCCAUCACCUCCACCCUGGCCUCCAGCUUCAAGAGACGUAGGUCCUCCAAGGAUACGCCCUGCAGAAUGGUCCCUCAGGAGUGCCAGAGAGACAGGCUGGCACCAUGGAGCCAAGACAGCCCUGGGAAGCUGCCACCCCACUCUGAACGUCCUAGCGCCCACCAUCACCCGAGCUGCACAGCCUCUCCGCGGCACAUCAUCCCCACCGCCCCAGGAGGAGAUGCAUGUGUUCCCCAUAGGCAGCUCCUGCAACUCGAAUAG